AUGGUGGACCAGGUGGGGGACCAGUUGGACCAGGCUGUGCAGACCCGGCUGGAGGAAAGAGGGAGGAGCGAGGAGCUAGAGGAGGGGUUUGUCCUCCGUCCAGGGUUCUGCCAACAGAUAUCACACGCUGUUGGUGAAGUCAACAUGAAGACUGUCCUCAUGGUCCACAGCACUUUGUCCCUGCUCAUGGUCCACAGCACUUUGUCCCUGCUCAUGGUCCACAGCACUUUGUCCAGUCCAGUCCCACUUCUCGGCGCUUUUGAGGGAAGCACAGACGAAGAGGAACUUUUCAACAGCACCUCUGUUUUUCCAUCUUCAUCCCCUUCUCCAUCUUCAUCCCCUUCUCCAUCCUCUUCCCCUGUCUCCGAGCCCGUGACCACCCCUGCGGCCCCCCACGUGAACGCGGACGCCCUGAAGCGCGUGGAGGACUUCCUGCGGGACAACACGCUCCUGGUCCUGGUCACCAUCACGCUGCUCUUCCUCGCCCUCCUGGUUCUCUGCGGAGCGUUCUUCAUGAGCCGCAAGCGAAAAUUCAACGCGUAUUACCCCGCGUCGUUUCCCUCCCGGAUGUACGUGGACCACCGGGACAAGACCGGGGGCGCGCAGAGCUUCAGUGACGCACCGGGGAAGACCGUGCUGCAGGCGGGUGUGCAGGCCGUGGACACCCGCCUGCAGCUCCAGGCGGAUAUCCAAAGGGCUGCCAGGGCUCUGCGGGGGGGCAGGGCGGGGGAGGCGGAGGAGCUGCUGCCCUGUCUCCCCGAGGAGCGUGAGCCAGGUCAGGUGUCCCUCAGUGAGGCGUCUGCGUGCUCCGAGGAGAGCUCCAGCUGCAGCGGCUCUCAGGACGCGUCCGUCCACAGAGACGCACGGCCGCGGUCUCUGCUCGGCCCUGACCCCCCCUCACUGCAGCUCAUCCAGGGAGAGAAGACCGCGUUCUGA